AUGGCUUCUGUAGGGUCUAGUAGGAUUUGUGCCAAGGUGCAGGAUAAGUUGUGUCAGUGGGGACAAUACACGUUUAUCAGGAGGAAAUCCGCUUGUGUGCGCUCCCGAAUCGGAUAUCAAACACCCUUCAGGGCCUACUUGCAGGACACACAGGCGCAAUCACAGAGCACGCUCGUCGGGACGGCGACGGCGUCCACCGCGACGUCGGCAUGUUGGCACCCUUGCAAUAGGCCGGAGGUGGCGGGUACGGCGCGGACAUACGGCACAAUGAGAACCCACCAGCCUGGGUCCCUACCCGAAUACCAGGUGGAUCCUUACACGGUAAUGGAGGAUGACCUUAAGGAUGUCUACGAGUAUAUCAGAAACAUCUUAAGGCAGAAUACGUACCAAGACAACCUAUACGAAAUAGCCACCUACUAUUUCGAUGGACAUGGGAAGGCUAUCCGACCUAUGGUAUCCCUACUUAUGGCCAGGGCGAUAAACUACCACAUGUACAAAGAAAAAAGUCUCUUGUCGUCGCAGAGAGAAGUAGCGAUGAUUUCGGAGAUGAUCCACACAGCCUCUUUGGUCCACGACGACGUCAUCGACCAAUCGGACUUCAGGCGGGGCAAGCCUAGCGUCAACGUCAUGUGGAAUCAUCAGAAGGUUACCAUGGCAGGCGAUUUUAUUUUAGCCGUAGCUUCGAUGAUGAUAGCCAGAUUACGCAACAAUGACGUCACAUCGGUUCUUAGCCAGGUAGUAACAGACCUAGUUCAAGGCGAAUUCAUGCAGUUGGGCUCCAAGGAGACGGAGAACGAAAGAUUCGCCCAUUACUUAACAAAAACCUACAGGAAAACGGCUUCCCUCAUGGCCAAUUCUCUAAAAUCAGUAUCAAUACUCGCUGGUGCUGAGGAGCAGCUGUCAGACAUCUCUUAUCAGUAUGGUCGAAACUUGGGACUUGCUUUCCAACUAGUCGACGACCUGUUAGAUUUCGUUUCUUCAGCCGAAGCCAUGGGGAAACCGACGGCUACCGACUUGAAGUUAGGCUUGGCUACGGCUCCCGUCCUCUUUGCUUGCGAAAAGUACCCUGAACUAAACCCCAUGAUAAUGAGGAGGUUUCAAGAGCCGGGAGAUGUCGAGAAGGCGUUCGAGCUGGUCCACAAGUCCAGGGGGUUGGAGCAGACCCAAUUCCUGGCGAAGCAGCACUGCCAGGAAGCCAUGAGGCUGUCCCAAUUGCUGAAGGAGAGCCCGUACCAGAAGGGGCUCGUCGUCACCGCGGAUUUCGUCCUUAACCGUAUGAAGUAGCACGGCUCAGGUUAAGUAGGCCCUUAGUUAUGGAAUUUACUCUGUACAUUGUGUUUUUUUUUAUAUGGAAAACGAACGUCGGUGUCGAUUCCGCGAGACCGGCGUUCGGCAUUCCCCUGUUAUUUAUUUUUAAUUAGAACGUACUAUAACUCUUGCAGCCUUUGUGUAAGGAAAUGAAAGUUUGCUCACUAUUAAUUUAGUACUUGGGGUAACUCGCUCUCGCACGGGGUGUUGCGCAGAUCUAGUCGGAUUUGUGUCAUUUAUGCUUAAAUUCUGAAAUGGGAAAAAACUUUUAUUUUGGGGGGCUAUUGUAGAAAGAGAAAAUCAAAUGAGUGAAUGAAACAAGUAAUUAAACAAAAAAAACAUUUUCAACGUAAUGGUUUUUGGAAGUUUUUAAGUGACUUGGAAGACGGAAAGUGUAACUGCUGCGACGAAGUAUUUGGAACAAAAACAAAUUCAAGAAUAACGUUUUUUGUUCCUAAAUUAUUCCUAAUGAUUCAUGAUCGUCCAAAGACUGGACGUCAAACAUAGUCUUUGAUCAAUUAUUCUAGAACCAUUGAAAAUAUAGGCUAGAACCAUUGAAAAUAUAGGCGUCCAAAUUGGUGCAGUCCCUUGAUUAAAUCACUAACCCUCACCAACUAUGGUUCGCUGUUGAUGAGUUCCUAACUUUGUCAUGGUCUUUAUACUUUUACUUAUACACUGUACGAGAAAAGCUCAAGAGGUACAAAAGCUCCCAUUGAAGAUGGUGCAAGUCCAAUAACUUUUCUCUGACAGUUGCAACCCUUCAGAGGGCCUUCAAUUCCGACGCCAUUAGUUAUUUUUUGUGAAAAUUUUACAUGCAGGAAGCUACAGCACUGCACCAGUUUCGAACCUUAUAUUUUCAAUGUUUCCUGAGCAAUGUAUCAAAAAGUGUGUUUGACUCUCUGAAGGCUAGCUCGUUUCAACAAAAAAUAUUCCUCUUAUCUCUUUUUCUUUGUUCUGAUGAGAGGAAACAGUCCUGAAAGUUCAUUGCAACUUCGCUGUUACUUCCUGUAUUUGAGCUCAAAUUUGUGCAGUAUUCUAAAUAUGCAGGAUGAGGCAUGACUUAGAGGUCAAAUUUAAAGAUCAGAUAGAACAAAGGUAAUAAAUCGUCGGCUGAUUAUUUGUUGAUUUGUUCUGUCGCUCAUUACUUGAGUUACAAAGCAAGAGUGGAUUGUAGACAUUAAAGUGGUAUAUACGAUUUAACCAAAAACAGAUAUUAAGAUAAUUAUAGUCAUUUAACAGUUUAAAGCAUAUUUCGUGAAAAAAAAAAUGCCGACUCUGGUACCUUUGGUCUUUAAAAAGACAUUAAUUUGGACAUCUUUACUGUAAAACCUCGUACCUGGAAAGCCAUAUCUUUAACCAUUUCUGAGAUAUUUACAUUUUAAAAAAUCAAUAUACAAACUACUGUUUAUCCCCCUACCAAUCCAAAUUGUUACACUGGUAGGGGAAGUGACAUAGGUUGGUCACCAGGUUUCCCUGACCUGAUUGAAUUUUCUUGAUUAAUGCCUUACCUUUCCUUUGAACACAGGUUUAUUCUAAAUUCAAAAAUAGGAAAGUAAUUUCACAAACAAGUCAUUGCGUUUUGAAUUUUUUCCAUAAUGCAGCUCGAAUGCUAAUGGAAUCCUCCUAAAUAACCAAAAUAAAUCAAGAGGAUUUAGGUCGGUAAAAUGUGGUACCCAACGCAUGACACUACCUUUACCUGUUCAAGGAUCUGAAAUGUGUGUAGGUUUAUGGAUUUUCGAACAUAGGCAUAUUAAUAUAAAAUUAAUUACAAAACUGGAAUAACUUGACACAAACUGGCAGAUUCUACUCCAUGAAUUUGGUUCUAAAAUAAAAUUCGUAACCUACUGGUCCAAAUUUGAAAAUUGAAUUUGUAGCUCCUUUACAGCUUACGUGAAAAAAAAAUUGGUAAGAUAAAUGGUAGCCUGUAUUAAUUUUUCUAAUGCAAAUAUCUAGAAAACGAUUAAAGAUAAGGAUUUCUACAGGGUAUUGUAUUUUUCAGUUAAGAGGUCUAAAUUACCGUCAUUCCCAUCUGUACCAUAAGAUAACUCAUAAAUUUAGCACCACCAAAACCCUUUGGUACUAAAUUUGAAAUCGAUAUCAAAAAUUGUAAAUUUUCGAAAAAAUUACACCCGCAUGACUAAUAUCAAAUUUUGGACUAUGGUGGGGUUGACCAAAUUUUAAUGUUUAGAAUCCACUGUUGCUCUGUGACGUGACCCAUUACUUAUGAAACACACUGUAUGUGUAUUUUGUUUUCGCUCUCCUAGGAUUACAGAGAUAUAAAAUUUAAUGGGUCUACCUUUGAUAGUAACGGAAAUAUGAUCAAAAAAUGUGUCUCAAUAGUAAUAUGUUAAAUUUCACUUAUUUGUAUCACUAAUAGUAACUGAGAUGGGCGUUUACAUCGGAUUUUCCAUACUCAUAAUUGUGUACUCGUAUAUAUGCUCUAUUGCCAUUAUUAAGUAAAAUAUUAGAACGGUCAGAUCAUUAUUUCCAUAAAAAAUUAUGGAUUUACUAUUAAAAAUGGACAUAUGCAGUUUUUACGUCACUGAACACCCUGUUAUAUACAAAACGAAAAAAGUUCUAGUCUUCGAACACUCUGUGCCGCCUGUACAUUUUCUGAUAGCGCUUUAUUUAUGACUCAUACGUCUUGUAACCUAUUUAGUGUUAGAAAAAUGUUGUAAACGGUUGUUACUGCAUUAUUCCAAAUAUAGGUACAUAUUUUCAUAUUGUUAAAUAAUGAUAUUUUUGUAAAGCCUUAGAGUAAUAGUUGAUGAUUGUCUUGGUGUGACUGAAAUAUUUGAAAUGUGAGUGCGUCUGUGUGUCAAUAUCCAGUCAUUUUUAUUCUAGAUUAGGUUUCAGGGAAAAAUAGGGAAUUCUCUGUAAAUAUUACCAAAAUAAUUAGAGGUUAAGCUUUCAUUGAAUGCCGGUUUUUGGAAAAGGAAUGGAGAAUUAGUAGAAUCACAAAUUAACCCGUGAUUUUUCUCAAAUUAUAUUAACUAAGUUGGAAAUAUAAUGAAAGCUUACCAAAUCUUCACUUUUAACUCUACUUGUAGAAAACCUGCCUUUAAACUGAUUUACUACAAGAAUAUUGCAAAAAUCAUACUUUUUACAGUAGUUAUUUAUACUUUUCUGAAAGGAAUGAGACAUUUUACUACCCAUUAUAUCGUCUUUUUCUUUUAUCUACCCUGUAUAUAUAACAGCUGAUACAUAUGUGUUGGUAUCUAUAUUAUUUUUAUUAGGAUAUUAACUUAAAGUAAUUUUAUAUUUGUACAAUUAAUAUAUUAC